GUAUGUAUAUAUAUAUAUAGAUGUGUACAUACACAAACACAGAGACUUGUGCUCUUCUCUCUCUAUAUAUUGUAGCCCAUCAUUCUCUUCAGAAAGCCGUUCGUUCUACUGCCAUAACUGACAUAUUGGGAAGAGAGAGAGAGCGAGAGAGAGAGAGAAUGGCAGGAGGAUUUGGAGGUGAUGGAGUAGUAUCUGAAAGAGCUCAGCAGUAUGAGUAUAGGAUUACUGGGUAUUUCGUCUUUGCUUGCAUUGUUGCUGCUCUAGGAGGCUCUCUCUUUGGCUAUGAUCUUGGUGUUUCAGGUGGAGUGACUUCCAUGGAUGAUUUCUUAAAGGAAUUCUUCCCAAAAAUUUACAGAAGGAAGCAACUGCACCUCAAUGAGACAGAUUACUGUAAAUAUGAUAACCAAAUUCUGACACUCUUUACAUCCUCUUUGUACUUUGCGGGCCUCGUUUCUACGUUCGGAGCUUCGUACGUUACCCGAAACAAAGGAAGGAAGGCCAGCAUUCUUGUUGGAGCUGUCAGCUUCUUUCUAGGAGCAGUCCUGAAUGCUUCUGCAAAAAACAUUGCAAUGCUGAUCAUCGGUCGAAUACUUCUUGGUGUUGGCAUUGGAUUUGGAAAUCAAGCAGUUCCCUUGUAUCUCUCGGAAAUGGCUCCUGCGAAAAUUCGAGGAGCAGUUAACCAACUUUUCCAGCUGACGACUUGCUUAGGCAUCCUGGUUGCUAACUUGAUAAACUAUGGAACCGAUAAAAUCCAUCCGUGGGGUUGGCGAUUGUCUCUUGGUUUAGCUACGGUCCCAGCAGUUCUUAUGUUUGUUGGGGGUCUUUUUCUUCCUGAGACCCCAAAUAGUCUUGUAGAGCAAGGCAGGUUAGAAGAGGCAAGAAUUAUACUGGAGAAAGUGAGAGGUACCAAAAAAGUUGAUGCUGAGUUUGCUGACCUGGUUGAUGCUAGCAAUGUAGCUCGAGCCAUAAAGAACCCGUUUAGGAAUCUACUCACACGAAAAAAUCGCCCUCAAUUGGUGAUAGGGGCCUUGGGAAUCCCUGCAUUCCAACAGCUCACCGGCAUGAACUCGAUCCUCUUCUAUGCACCUGUCAUAUUUCAGAGCUUGGGAUUUGGCUCUGGGGCAGCUCUGUACUCAUCUGUCUUCACAAGUGGAGCACUUGUUGUUGCUACAUUCAUUUCAAUGGGUUUUGUUGAUAAGUUUGGUAGAAGAGCUUUCUUCUUAGAAGCUGGAACUGAAAUGAUAUGCUGCUUGGUUGCUCUGGCCAUUACCCUAGCCCUGAAGUUUGGACAAGGAGAAAUCCUCCCAAAAGGGAUAGGAAUCUUCCUUGUUAUCGUCAUUUGCAUAUUUGUUUUGGCUUAUGGAAGGUCAUGGGGUCCUUUGGGGUGGCUAGUUCCAAGUGAGCUGUUUCCCUUGGAGACAAGAUCAGCUGGGCAGAGUGUUGUUGUCUGUGUCAAUCUCCUCUUCACAGCUUUGAUAGCGCAGUGUUUCCUUGCGGGGCUUUGCCAUCUUCAAUAUGGGAUUUUCCUGCUGUUCGCGGGUCUAAUAAUCAUUAUGAGUACCUUUAUCUUCUUCCUCUUGCCAGAAACAAAGCAGGUCCCCAUAGAAGAAAUAUAUCUUCUGUUUCAGAAACAUUGGUUUUGGAAAAGAAUAGUAGGAGAUGGGGAGCAAAUUGGACCCAAUGGGAGGCCAAGCCAACCAGAUGGGAAGUCAGGAGCACAAGUUUAACCAAUCUCUCUCUAGCUAUUACAAAAAACAUUGUUCAGAUUUCUUAUUCAUAGUAUGUUUUCUGAAAUCCAGUUCUAUAAAUAAUUAAGAAUUAGUUUCAAGAAUUUUCAAA